GCAGAGAUGAGGCCGAGGUCGGCGCCCCCGGCCAGCCCGCUCCGCUCGCCGCAGGGCUAGGCGGGGCUGGGGGGCUGCACGCGACAGACCCACCCGCGCACCGCAGACCCGCGCCCAGGAAGGGAGCAGCCGCCGCCGCUUGUAGCCCGUCACCAUGGACCCCCCAUCCCUGGACACGGCCAUCCAGCACGCCCUGGCGGGCCUCUAUCCUCCUUUUGAGGCCACAGCGCCCACUGUCCUGGGUCAGGUGUUCCGUCUCCUGGACUCUGACUUCCAGGGGGAUGGGCUGAGCUUCCUCCUGGAUUUCCUGAUCCCUGCCAAGCGCCUGUGUGAGCAAGUGCGUGAAGCAGCCUGUGCCCCCUACACACACUGCCUCUUCCUGCAUGAGGGCUGGCCGCUCUGUCUGCGGGAUGAGGUCGUGGUCCACCUGGCACCCCUCAAUCCCCUGCUACUGCGCCAGGGUGACUUCUACCUCCAAGUCGAGCCCCAGGAGGAGCAGUCUGUCUGCAUCAUGAUCAAAUGCCUUUCCCUGGACCUCCGCACAGUGGACAAGAAGCCUGUUCCCGAAUCAUCCUACUCUAUACUUUUCACCCAAGAAUGGCUGGAGGCCAUCAACAACGACUUUGAAGGAAGUCCCCUACGCAACUGCCUGGUAGCUUCGGAAAAUGGGAUUGCCCGUCUCCCUUGGACCAAGAUAACCAGCCCAGAGUUUGUGGAAGACAGGCCCCGAGCAGUGAAUGUCCCUUCCCCAGCCUGGGGGUCCCUUCAAUUUGAGGCACUGGAUUUGAGCAGCCCUCAAGAGCUGCACCAGGCUGGGUGCCCAGACAGCCAGGCGUUUGUUGCCCAGAGCUUGGCCGAGGGUAGGAGCAGGACCUAUGGGAACAAGUACCCGGGCCUCAUCAAAGUGGAGCAAGCCAGGCCUGGGGAGGUGGCCUUCAGGAUGGACAAUGUGAUCAGCCCGGACUUGGAGGGUGACUACGUGGCUCUCCUGGACUCUUCCCAAGAGAGAAGAGGGGAGAGUUCCAGGAGGGAGGUGGAGACUUCCACUGGGUAUACCUCUGGGGCACUAGAGGAGAUAACUGGAAGUAGGGAAAUUCCUUUCUCUCAAAAGAUGCUACCUCUGUCAGAGGCCAGUGAAGGACUGUCCUUGGAAAAAUGGGCUUGUGUGAAGCCAGCAAGCUCAGAGGAGGAGACCUGCACUUGGGGCUUGAGGAGAAACAUCAGCCAUAAGGCAGCACCCCAAGGGCCCUAUGUCAAUGUCCUUGAGGAGCCACUGGACUGUACCUCUGGCCUUGGAGCAGAUGUCUCAGAAGGGCCAGCUGCCACCAAGACACAGGGACCUCUGGGAAAGUCAGAGGAUGUGGGCCAGCUCAGGCCUGCUCCAAGACAGGCUUCCUCUCCUGUCCUGUCCCCAGCUUCGCCUGCAGCUCCUGUCUCCGAAACAAAGACGGAGGAGAAGACCAAGCAGGGAAACGGGAGACUUCCCAAGCCCACGACCUGCCCUAGUCGAAACACCUCCUCCUCCGGGUCCCCCACUCCUGGACUCAAAUUCUCAUUCUUAAAAGGCCAGAGGCAAUCCCCUGUGUCCCCAGAGAAAGCCUCACUCCAGCAUGAUGGGCCUUGGAAAGUCCUGUGUUCGCUCUACUCUCCUAAACCCAACCGCGCCAAGUCCUUGGGGAAAGCUGGAACAACUCAGACCAAAACAUCCUCUGGCCCAGCCGCUGACUCAGCCCCACUGACUGGGGAAAAGACUGGCUUUCCAGAAGCUUCUGCAGGCCCCCCAGAAAGCGGCCCCACCCCGGAUGAGGAGCCUCCAAGGCCCGAGCCCAGGCUCGGGGCUCCGAGUGUCAAGGUUUUCCACUCCAGGAUAGCAUGCCUGCCAGGCGGUCGGGACAGGGCCGGGCGGCCCCUGCUUCUGUUGUUGACUGCAGAAGAAGCCUGGCAGGCGCCGUGGUGCACGGCCUCAGAGGUCACCGAGCUACUCUCCUACCUGUGCACCAUUCCCAGGCCUGAAGGUAAUGCCAAGGGGCUGGCGGUUGUGAUUGAUGCCAGGAAACAGCCCCCACCGCCCGGUCUGGUCAGUGCCCUGCAGGCCACCCAGGCCCGGGUCCCAGCCUCCAUGGGAGCUGUACUCUUCCUGGGGGAGAAGGAGGCUGCUCUGCACCUGCAGGCUCUACCCGACAUCCAGGUGGAGGUGUUGACCUCACUGAGGGCCCUCAGCCACUACGUGGACCCCGACCAGCUGCCCGCAGCCCUGGAAGGCCCCUUCCCCUACUGCCACAGCGAGUGGGUGCAAUUCUUCCAGAAGUUGGACCCUUUCCUCACUGACCUCCGCCAAGCCUCCUCCCUGCUACAGGAUUCCAUCGAGGAGUUCGAGAAGGCUGACCCACCUGGGGGGAUGCAGGAGGCCACCAGGUGCCUAAGCAAGUCCAAGGAGCUGAUGGAGGCUGUGCUGAGGGACCCCGGCCUGCUAAGCCUCCAGCGGGAAGGCGGAGCCACCCUGGCCAGGCUGCGGCGCGAGGCCGGCAGGAUGGACUUCAACCCUGAUGUCAGGAGCCAUCUGGCUGAAGCCACCGCCCUCUACAGCCUCGUGGAUGAGCAGCUUCAUGUCCUGGUCACUGCAUCCAACAACCUCCUGGGGAGGCUGGAGCUCCGCGUCCGUCUGGGCCACCUGGAAGCCGCCAUCCACCAGGUCAGCGACUGGAUGGAGCAGGAAGGCAGCCGGUGCCUGCAGGCGCUGACCCCCAAGGACGGGAGUCUGGACGCGGUGGAGAAAGCCCACGCGGAGUUCGAGGACUUCUUCCUUCGGGCUGCGGCCCAGUACCGCCGAGGCCUGGAGCUGUCCAAGCAGGCGGCCCAGCUGGGAGCUGCCGCCCGAGGGGCCGGGGAGGUAGGAGGGGCGGCGCUCCCGGAGCUGGCAGCCUUCGCCUCCACCCAGCGGGCCUUCCAGGCCAAGCUGACCCACUUCUACAUGGCGGCCGAGCGGCAGCGCACGGACCUCGAGACGCUGCUGCACCUGCACCGCUUCUGCAAGAAGAUGACCUGGUUCCACAUGGACUGCCAGGACCUGAUGACCCAGCUCAGGCUGGGCAAGGGCCGAAGAGCCAGCCCCGGGGACCAGCGUCACCUCUGCCGCUACCUGCAGCGACUGGCGUCUGAGUUCCCUGCUGAGAAGCUCGCGGCCAUGGGGCUGCAGGUGGCCUCCCUGAGCCGGCCGGGCCUGGGCCAGGACCUGUGGGAGGAGGCCCGGGUCAGACACGAGGAGAUCCAGACCCUCCUGCAGAGAGCACUGAGCCGCUGCCCGUGCCCGGCGGCUCCUGCUGCCCACUCGGCACACCCGGAGCCAAGGGGGGCGGCUGCCAAGGACCAGGGUCUGGAUGGAGAAGUCCCUUCCAAGGGGAGGUGGGACCUGCCCCUGCAGGACUCUCCGGGUGCAAACCGUUUGCCAAAGUCCUGUUGGCCUCCUCAGGCCUCCAGAGCAGGGCAGAACGGACAUUUCCGGGAAGCUGGCCAGGCUAUAGAGGCCGCUGAAGGCCCAGGCCACCACGCGCUCCCUGAUCCUGGCCCUGAGCGUUCUCUUGUCACCCUCUUCUCCUGGCCGCGGCCUCCCAGACAGAGCCUGGCCCCUCACCCCACGGGAGGCAGCUUCUCCUCAGAGGGGACAGACUCACAGACAUCUCUGGAGGACUCACCUUAGACAAGUCCCCAUGUACCCCUCUAGCUGGGAGCCCCCUUCAACUGUGCCAGCCUCCCGGGAGCUGGGAGCUGGGGCCAGUCCCACUGAGAUGUCACUACAGAGCAGAGGAUUUAUGUUUUGCCUGUGCUGGGAGAGUGAGAACCAGAGACCUGCUCCGGGUUCCAGAAAACUCCUGGAAGACCCGACUCCCACCCUUGCAGUGCGAGUGGGGGCCAGGGCGGCAGUAAGCAGGCCAUCGGCUCCGUGCUCUGGGGCCUCAGCGUGGAAAGACCUGGUGUUACAGGCCCCACCGGAGGUCUCCCUCUUGGGCAGGCCAGACACCCCCCUGGGGUUCAGGAAAGCACACGGCUUCCCUUUGGGUCCGAGUUGCCCUCACACAGAGUCGACAGGUGGGGAGACUCAGGAGUGGCCCCUUGCCUUAGGGCUCCACGGAAACAGACCCUGGGACAAGGGUUCGGGUGUUAGUGUAUUUGGUGGAGAUCCCGGGAACCACUGCGGGGGGCGGGGGGUAGGGGGGUAGGGAGGUGACUCUGGGGAUGGAAUAAAUACGUUGUCAAGCAAAUUACCACCAGGGCAACUGGAGCUCCACCGUGCUGGGGACCGGGAGACAGCACAGAACACGAGGACACGCCCCAGAGUUAGCGCACCCAAGGGGUGAGGGAGCCGGGGUGUUUGUCCACCAGGCCCAGGAGUUGGCACUUGGGGACAAGGGCAGGGGCAGCUCCGUUGGCUUCAGCAAAGAGAAUGAACUGCCAGGGCUGGAGCCCGUUUGUGUGCACAGAAGGGCGAGGGUGUGUGUGCCGCACUCUGCCAAGCCCCACUCCUGCAGCGGGUGUGGGCUGUCAUUCUCAAAUUCAAGGAACCCGUGGAAUCUUGUCCUUGUUCUCCAGAAAGAACCUUCUCCCCUCUGAGGUUCCCGUCUCCUUCACCUCCCCACAGCCCCCGCUCUCCAUAGGCGCAGCCUCUGGUCCCCAGUGCCACUGAGGUUCUGUGGCUGGGGCAGAGUGAGGGGAGGCAGUACCGUCCUCAUUCAGCAGGUGGCGGGGGACAGUGGGACGAAGCCUCUCUGACUGGGCUCAGAGUGCCCAGAGGCAGCCCUGCCUUCCACACGGCCCAGAGCAGCCCCUGCCAGCGCCUCCCCCGAGUGUCACGGUGCUGAGUUUGCCACCCUCUGCCUCAGGAUGGGUGACCAAGACGGCCUCCUGGUAGCCUAGCCCAGAAGUCUCCUGGCUCAGCGAGGAGGCUGGGGGCACAUGGCCUCCACCGUGAGGCUGUGGAAGGGGAGAGAGGCCGGCCUGGAGCAGCAAACAGAGUUACACACUCAGUGCCCAAGAUGGCUUCCGGAAUCUUCCAAGACUCAAGAUUUCCCCAGGUGUGCUCUAGGGCCUGCCUGCCUCAGAACUGCGAGGGAUCCCACCCCAGACAAUUAAGAUCAGACUCAUGGGCUGGCCAGAACUUGCAUUUGUGGCCAACUGCUCAGGUGUUUCCCUAUGUGACUCAGCGAGGUGGGGGUGCCGCUGGGAAACACGGGGGCUGGGCCUGAGCCACCCCCAACCCCAUCCCGAGCCAGCCUGAGUCUCGCUCCACUCCCCCGCCUUCCAUUCAGACAGGCCAAGGAUGCAUGAGGUGUUUGAUCAGCCCAUCUCCAUCCAUGCCUGUCGCCUCAGAGGGGGGCCGAAGGCUCUUAAAAUGCUGUUGCCAUAGCAACAGCAUCCAGCCAGUGGGGACCACAGGCAGGGAGCCAGGGAACCUGGGGUGCAAGGAUGGAAAGCGACUUGUGAGAGACCGCAGCUGCUGCUAGGGAGAAGGGAGGCUGUGGUGGGGCUGAGGGAUCCAAGAAUCCUUAGGCAGAAGGGUCCCCAAGGUCACCUGUGCAUCCCUUUGUCUCCAAGAAGAACUGUGCCCCCACAUUCUGUCUACUCACAGCAUCCCCUGGGGGAGAAGGGGAUAUAAAAAUGAAAUACAAUAAUAACAACAUAUAAAAA